AUGGCGACUGAUGCGCAGAUGGCCCAGGUUGCCGAGCUGGAGGUAGGAUUUAGCGAAUAUCGUAUGAAAAAAUGAAGCGUUUUCAGGUGGAAAUGAUGUCGGACAUGUACCGCCGGAUGACAAACUCUUGCCAGGCCAAGUGCAUCGCCACCGCCUUCAAAGAGUCGGAACUUACCAAGGUACGGAACCCAUUGGAAACCAGAUCAAUACUGUCUGCGUUCAGGGAGAAGCGGUGUGCCUGGAUCGUUGCGUCGCCAAAUACCUGGAUGUGCACGAGAAACUGGGAAAACGGCUGACGAGUAUGUCGCAGGGAGACGAGGCCGCCCUUCAGAAGAUCGCCCAGCAGUGA